AUUGUUGACAACCUAAUCAAGUGUGCAUAAAUUCAAAAUAAAAUGUUGAAAUCAAAAAUCACUGCGAUAUGUAUAGUGUUAAUACUUUUUUUGACAUUUAAAAGGGUUCAUUCUAAUCUUGGAACUAAAGCGUUUUUGGAAAACGAUGAUUUAGUGGUUACUUUGGCUAAUCCUAUUGGAAAAAUUCGUGGACACAUCCUUCAAAGUCAAAACGAAAAUGAUAUUUAUGCUUUUCAAGAUGUUCCUUAUGCGCAACCACCUAUUGGCCAGAACCGGUUUAAACCACCAAUCGGUUUAAAUAAUUGGGAUGGAAUAGUAGAUACUACCAGCAAUACAAAAAUCUGUCCGCAAAUGCCCAAGUCAAUUUCAACAAUUGUUACGGGUUUGAUAGAAACCGAAGAUUGUUUAGUACUUAAUAUUUAUUCACCUGUGCAACCAGGAUCAGACUCUUCUCUUCCGGUGUAUUUUUGGAUUCAUGGCGGAAGUUUCUUUGAGGGUUCUGGCGGUAUCUCUCAAUUUAAUCCAAAAUAUUUUCUAGACCAAAAUAUUGUUGUAGUGACAGUUAAUUAUCGUUUGGGAGCACUAGGUUUCUUAACACUCAAUGACAACAACAUUCCUGGCAAUUUGGGUAUAAAAGAUCAAAAUCUGGCAUUAAAAUGGGUUUCAGAAAACAUUCAUUUAUUUGGUGGCAAUCCUAAUAACGUUGUUCUAGGAGGCGAAGGCUCCGGAGCUGUUUCAGUCGGAUACCAUUUACUUAGCAAAUCUAGUAAAGGUUUAUUUAGUGCUGCUAUCCAGCAAAGUGGAUCAUCGCUAUAUAUUUUUGGGAACCAGAUUGGUUAUCGGGAUAGAGCUUUCGAACUAGGAAGACGAGUUAACUCUUCGUUCAAUUCCAAUAACAACACUGAAUUGAUGGAACAUCUCCAAUCGGUACCCUUUUCAGAUAUUAUCAGAGCUCAAGCUGGAUUUAGGUCAAACGAAAAGAUUGGAUUUUUGAAAGGAGAAUAUUGGAAACCUGUGGUUGAAGAUCCAGAUAACCCUGAUAGCUUUGUGACCGGACCGAUGCUAGAAGAUUUUGAAAAUGGAAACUUUAACUUGGUACCUGUACUUAUGGGAUAUAACUCUGAAGAAUCUUUAAGAGAAUUUCUAGCAACAGACGAAGAAGAAUAUGAAAGUGAUGCCAAAAAAGUAGAUCAGCUGCCAUCUCUCAUUGCCAAUGACAAGCUCAACAUACCCCAAAAGAAUAAGGCCAAAGCCGGGAAAGCUAUAAAAGCAAUAUAUACAGAAAGUAAAUUUUUGGGAAAUAAGACAGCAUUUGUCAGGUAUUCUAGCGACGUUGCGUAUAUUCAUCCGUUACUUCGCCAAGCAGAAGCCACUGCUAAGUAUACGCCAGUAUAUUUGUAUAAAUUUUCAUAUUCUCUGGAAGACUCGGUCAUUGAAGGAACUGGAAAAGUUGGUCACGGAGUAGAUUUGGCAUAUUUCUGGGACAGUCCAGUAGUUCCCGCAGUAACUGUUGAUGAAAACAUUCGAAAAUCGUUAGUCAAAUUUUGGGUUAAUUUUAUAAACAAUAAAAACCCAACUCCCAGCGAAGACCCUGAUAUUCAGAAUAUCAUUUGGCCUAAGGUAGAUACGCAAGAAUUUAAAUUCAUCAAUAUAGACGAGAUUUUUACAAUUGAGACAGAUCCUAAACGUCAAUAUAAAGAAGUAAAAGAAGUACUGCAGCAAUAUUUAAUGCAACCUUUUAAUGUAUACUAGGAUAAAAUAAAAACAAGUUUAAUUAA